AUUUCGGUUUUACGAGCGAAUCUUACCAGAAGUCACUUUGUUUUAAAAUUACCUAAGUAACUAAAUUAUUUUGCGAAAACUCUUUUAAACUGUUUUUCCGCAAAAAUAAAACUCAAAGCCGGAUUUAAUAAUUGAAAAAUAGCUGAUUUCGAUCAUUGAAAACACUUCCUAUGGUUUUCCAAUUAUGAGAACGGAUUAUCAUUAAAAAACCUAUGACAUAAAAUAGUAAAACUUUUUAAAAAUAUUGUGAUGAUUUUGAACUGACUAUUUAGAACUUUGUGUAGUGUUUUUUAGUUAACAAUGUUUGUGUUGUUAAUGCUAGUGGCGUGUUUAGUGUGGGUGGUGUACAGUCGACUCGAGAAUCGGAAGAUUGUGGAACUGUCCAGAAAAUUGCCUGGGGAUUUACCAUCAUGGCCCAUUCUUGGGCAUGCUUACUUGUUACGAGGCAGUGAUGAAGAUCAAAUGAGGGUGUUCCAGAAAUCCGGACGAUUGACAAUCAAUCGCGGGGGGCUAGCAUCGUACUGGGUCGCCAAUCGACUCUACAUCAUGGUAGCGGAUCCUUCGGCUGCAGAGGUGAUCCUCAAAAAUUGCUUGGACAAGGACUACGUCAUGAAAUUCCUGCAGUUCCUGGUUGGGAAUGGGAGCAUUUACGCGCCAGUCUCAAUAUGGCGCCCACGAAGAAAGCUUGUAGCUCCCACAUUCAGCAUGAAGAACCUGAACCGUUUCGUGGAGGUGUUCGCCCGGCAAAGUGCCGUAAUGGUGGACCAAAUUGGGUCUUCUGCUGGGCGAGGCACCUUCUCCGUCUGGAAGUUCCUCACUACUUACACUUUCGACGCUGUUUGUGAGACAACAUUAGGUGUUCAAAUGCGAGCGCAGCUGAGUCCCAACCAAGCGUUCCUGGACGCAUUGGAACAGAUCACGCAGCUGGUGGCCACGCGCAUGGUACAGCCCUGGCUGUAUGCGGACUCCGUGUACAGCCUCCUACCGCAGUACAAGCGAGCCGAGGAGUGCCGCAGGCUCAUGUAUGACUUUGUGGAACAGGUCAUAAAAACAAAGAGAAUGGAAAUGGAACAGAGAUCCAAAACUAAACAAAGCGCACCAGAAGUGUUCAGCCCACAAUGUUUCCUCGAGAUGCUUCUAGAAUCUUCUCAGCUUUCCGACCACGAGCUCGCGGAAGAGGCGAUGGUGAUCAGCGUCGCUGGAACUGAUACUUCUGCUGUUGCCGCUUCCUUCACUGUCCUCAUGCUGUCCAGGCACCCUGAGAUCCAGGAUAGAGUGUAUGAGGAAUUGUGUGAAGUGCUCGGAGAUUCCAACAGAGAUGUGACGGCGGAAGAUCUGCCAAGACUGAAGUACUUGGAAGCGGUUAUCAAGGAGACGCUGAGGUUGUACCCACCCGUGCCCAUCAUAGUGCGGUCUGUUGAACAGGACACAGAACUACCCUCCGGUCUGACCCUGGUGAAAGGAGUCGGCAUAGUCAUCAACAUCUGGGCGAUGCACCGUAACCCUCGCUACUGGGGUCAGGACGCUGACAUGUUCAGGCCAGAGCGCUUUCUGGGCGCACUACAACAUCCAGCCCAGUUCAUGCCCUUCAGCUAUGGCUUGAGGAACUGCCUAGGUUACCAAUACGCCAUGAUGUCCAUAAAGACGGUCCUGGCCACUCUCUUCUGCAAGUACCGCGCUCUGCCGCCAGAGGGCGCUGAUCAGGCCGCCCUCAAGGAACCUUUGAGGGUCAAGUUUGAUAUUAUGAUGAAGGACGUUAAUAAGUUCCAAAUACAAUUAGAAAAUAGAUUUUAACAUAUAUUGGGCUUAAAUAAUUCUGAAGACUUCUAUGUUCAUGAAAAUAAUAUCAUGGAGUACAGUUUAGGCAAAUUUAUAUAGGAUAUCGGUCCAGGUGGCCAUAGGUUACGGUGACCGCUUACCAUCAGGCGGACCGUAUGCCUGUUUGCAAUCUCUUUGGGCUCUUUGUCAAAAUUGCUGCUUGGUAUGACUCUAGAUUAUUAAAAAAUUAUUCUCGUAUGCGCCUGUCAAAAAAUGUGUCAUUUACAUAUCAAUCACAAUAAACACAUGUUCGAUACAUAUGGCGCAGAUCUGCUCCAAAGUUAACCCUUAAAUACAUGACCUUGACGAAGAUUUAUUCAAAUUUGAAUUUUGACAUGCUCAAAAAUACAUGAUGCAUAUACAUCACUAUGCAUUUAAGGGUUAAUUUAUAAGUAAAGUGUGUCACUUAAUCAGCUAUUACAGUCCUAGCGCCAUCUCUACGAAACGGAGGAACUUUUUAAGCAAGAUCGUUUUUGUGUUAACUAUGCAUACGAGUUAAUGCGUGAACCUUGUUUUUUUUGUUCUAGGCGGCGCUUCAUAAUUAUACUCGUAAUAUUGUCGAAUAGUAGGGUUGAAUAAUGGCAUGCAAGGAGAUUAUUUAAAAGUGAUAGGUAUAAAAUGUUAAUUGUAAAAUCGCUGUCAAUAGAAAUUGUCAACAAUGAAACAAACCAU